AUGAAGAAGAGCUCUACAAGUUCCACUCCUAGACGCGUGGGCAGCAGCGCCGGCGCCGGCGCGGACACUAGAGCGAAGGGGUCGGAUGCCGACGGGAAGGUUAUUCCCUUCGAGGUGGGACCCGUCCCGAAGGAAUAUGUUACAGCGCUGAAAUUGGACCUGGCAGCGCGCAACGUCAAGAUCGAGGCCCUGGAGAAACAAGUCCAGGAUCUCCAGGGCCAGGUCGAUGCGCUGCGAGGAUUGGUGAGCUGGUGGGAGGGCUUUGUCCGGAACAUUGCCGGCUCCAGUGCGGGCGAGCGGGACAUAAUGCUCUCGGGCUUCCGGAGCGGCGACAAUCCCGGUGGUGGUGGUAGCGGCGGCGGCGGCGGCGGUCACUUCGAAGCCACCACCACCACCACCACCGCGUCGCCGGUUCGGGCACCAGGCAGUUCGGUGGAGGAGCGUUCGGAACUCCCGUCUCCUUCGGCUUCUGGCCGCGCUUCGCCGCCGCCAACGCAACAUCCCUCGCCCGGCACGUUGGCGAAGACGACGGGGCAGAUCCGGACGCGUGGAGCUCUCUCGAGGUUCUACGGACCAACGAGUUACCAGAUCGCCACGGCGUCGGUGGACCCGACGCCUCCUCCGCCGGCCGCGGAACGUAGGUGCCACAAACCAGCUGCGAUACAAGUGGACGGAGAAUACGACUACGCGCACUCCCUGCUGGCACCGCAGAGCGAGGACUGUAGACGGCUCAUGAGCCUGUUCUUCCUGCGACUGUAUCCGUACCACAUGUACUUCUACCGAGAGUUCUUCCUGCGGGACCUGCACGCCGGCAAUGGGCCGUAUUACUCGGACCUACUCAUGUAUGCCAUCUGUGCUAUGGCUGCGCUGGUCAGUAAGGAUGCCGCCGAGAGACAGAGGAGCGAGUUGUUUGCGCGGAGAGCCCAGGAGUUGCUGUACAACUCCGGCAUGGACUCGCCCGAUAUCACGGUGCUGCAGGCGCUGCUGCUCAUGAGCCAGAGGGAGAUCGGGCAGGGUAAUGGAUCGAAGGGGUGGUUGUUUGCAGGGAUGGCGUUCCGACUGGCUCACGAUAUGGGGCUGCACCUUGAUCCGCGGAAUUGGGAUUCUUCGGAGGAAUCCUCGAUUGAGCGGGAGAUUCGCCGACGCUGCUAUUGGGGUGCUUUCGUAGCAGACAAGUGGAUUUCCCUAUACUUUGGGCGGCCACCCGCGCUUUCACCGCGCGAAUCCGACGUGCGCGAGACAAAACGGAUCCAAUACCCAGCGUGCUGGCCAACAACAGUGGACGCCAUCCUCGAGCCGGGUUUGAUCAACGACCUGUUCUCUGGCAAGAAGACGCCACAGGACGAAGACGGCGCGGCCCUGGUGGGCACUCUGCUGUGCGCAGUGGAUCUGACCAAGAUCGUGCACAAGAUGCUCACGAACGUGUUUGAAAUCCGCGAUCAGAGACUGGACGAGGCCAGCAUGGUCGCGAGGGUCACGGAGAUACAUCUGGAGCUCACUAGUUGGCUCAGUAAUCUCCCCAAGAAGGUCCACUGGAAUGAGUGGAGGAGCGAUGUUGAGCCUUACACCCUCGUUUUGCACAUGAUGUACCACACCGUGCUAAUCGUGCUGCACCGCCCACCUCUCUCGCUACAGUUCACACGUACCCCCGCGAUAACCCCCGACUUCGCGAUCUGCUGGUCUAGCGUGACGGCGAUCAUCAAGCUGAUAAAGCAAUACUCACGGGGCAACGAGUACCUCUACCUCCCGGUAACCUUCGUUCACACUGCGACCGCCGCCGCGUCCAUAAUCCUGCUGAAGCGACACAUCGUGCACGAAGCACUAGCGGACGACGAAGCCUCUAAAUUCCUGAACGUAAUCCUAUCCGCGCUGGGCGGCUGUGCCGCCACCUACCCGGCGGCGGCGCAAGCGAAACAGGCGAUCCUUAUGGCCGACGAGGAGGCACGCAUGCGCAUGGUCAACUUCCACGCGAAGGAGGAGGACGCGGAUGUCCAGGCCGUCGGUAGGGAGCUGGAACAGUUCUUUGAUCUGGAUUUUGAUAGUGAUAUGGGCGGCAUGGGCGGCAUGGGCGGCAUGGGCAUGGGCAUGGGAAUGGGCAUUGGAGGUGUCGCUGGCUGGAUGGAUCCCGAGUGGUGGGAUGCGAUGGAUGAGGGCGCGUUGACGGUGCCGGUGCCUGCGGCGGCGGGGAUUGGGAAUGGAAAUGGGGGCGCGGAUGGUGAUAUGGCUUAUUGA